CUGCAGCAAAUCAUGGACCACGUCUCUUGCCCAUGAUCCCGUUCGUGAUUUGAAUAACAGUCCUGCAAAGGCAGGACUGGUUGAGGGGCAAGUUUCUCUAUAAAAGGGAGAAGAAAACCCAGAACAAAGGGCCGAAAAGGAGAGGAGAAAAAACAGAACCAGUAAGAGUUUUUGGGGGGAUAAAACAGAGAAAUAAACCCAGAAAAGGAAGAGAAAGAUCAGAGGGGAAAACAGAGGAGAAAACCCAGAAAACAGAGGAAAAACCAGUGAAGAACAACCCAGAACACAGAGAAGAACAAAGAACCGGGGGAGAGACCAGUAACCAGAAACAGAAGAAAAGCAGGGGAAACAGGGGAAAAACUGAGAGACGCGCAGAAAUAAAAACGCAGAGAGCAAGGGAGAAAGAGGGCAGCACACACACACAGUGACGAGAAUUAUCUUUGAAACCGUUUUCGUCCCUGCAAACAAAGGAAAGACCAGUAUUUAUUCAAAGAACAUCACAGUAAACCGGCAUCUUCAUUAUUGUUUCCUUCGUCAUCUCAGGAGCUGCGGGAAAACUUACGGGCACAGAAUCAAAAGGAAACAAAGGAAAGCAGAAGAAGGAGAAGAGUAGAGGAGGUAGUCGGCCAGUUCGCCACCGUCUCCAUCGCCUCGCAGACCAGGCAAAAUGAUCCUAAACUAGUGGAGGAAUUUUUAGGGGACGUGGUGGCUCCACCAGCGGUCCCUUUUUCCGGUGACAGAAGGUGCAACAACUUCGACAGCUCUUGUAUAAACAAGAUUUUUAUCUAAAAGAGAAUUGGACCGGUUGGCGAUGAACAUUUUGAUCAGUCUUUUAUGCAACCAUCAUUAGAGAAAUUCCCACAAGAGGAGCUCCAUCAAACAGCUAUGGAAGAAAGCAUGGGAACGACUUUGGUAAGCAAUGGUUGUGUUGAUAUUCGAGGAAGAAUUGCAGACAAGAGAACUACUGGAGGAUGGAAAGCUGCUCCUUUUAUUAUAGUGAAUGAAGUUGCUGAGAGGUUAGCAUUUUAUGCUAUAGCUGUGAACAUGGUAGCUUACUUGGUCUUUCAAAUGCAUCAAUCACUUCCAGAUGCUGCAACUCAUGUGACUGACUGGAUUGGAGCUGCUUUUGUCCUUACACUUUUUGGAGCGUUUUGUGCCGAUGCUUACCUGGGCCGAUUCAAGACCAUCAUUAUUUUCUCUUGCAUCUAUGCAGUGGGAAUGGUACUAUUGACGCUCUCAGCUUCUAUAGACAGCUUACGUCCACCACAAUGCAAGGUAAGGCCAUGUCCAAAAGCAACCGGUGGCCAGACAUGGUUCUUGUAUGGUGCACUGGCCCUUAUAGCCCUUGGUACCGGCGGUAUCAAGCCAUGCGUCUCAACUUUUGGGGCUGACCAAUUCGAUGAAGCAGAUAAAAAAGAAGUGCCAAAGAAAUAUGCAUUCUUCAAUUGGUUCUUCCUGGCUAUAAAUAUGGGUGCUCUGUUUGGUAUAACCGUAUUUGUAUAUAUACAAGAUAAUAAGGGAUGGGCUUGGGGUUUUGGGCUACCGACAGGGGCCAUGGUUAUUUCCAUCGUCAUUUUAGUAGCUGGCAUUCGUUUUUAUCGUUUCCAAGAACCCAUGGGGAGCCCUUUCACCAGGUUUGUUCAGGUCAUGUGGGCUUCUGUAAGGAAUCAUUUGCAUGGAGUUCUGGUGGGACAUCAAACGGAGCUUUACGAGGUUAAUACCAAUGAAUCUGAUAUUAAGGGCGCCCAAAAGUUGUCUCACACCAUACAAUAUAGUUUCUUGGACAAGGCAGCAGUUGUGACAGAUCCUGAGGCCGACACAAGGAACCGUUGGAGACUUUGCACAGUAACACAAGUAGAAGAAUUCAAGUCCUUUAUAAGAAUCCUCCCAGUAUGGGCAUCCACAAUUGCACUCUCCAUAUCCUUUGCUCAGCUCUCAACCUUCUUCAUCAGCCAAGCAAACAUCAUGGACCGAAAACUCGGCUCCAACUUCAUAAUUCCAGCAGGUUCUGUCCCCAUCUUCAGCGUCAUCAAUGCCCUCAUUCUUGUCCCCAUCUACGAAAAAGUGAUAGUCCCUAUCCUCCGUAAACGCACAGGCCAUUCCCGCGGCAUCACAUCUUUGCAACGUAUUGGAGUUGGUUUGUUCAUUUCAAUAUUUGCUGUAGCUUCUGCUGCAUUGGUAGAAAAAAAGAGACGCCACAGCCCUAACCCUUCAGACAUGAGUGUGUUUUGGUUGUUUCCACAGUUCUUUCUAAUAGGCAGUGCAGAAGUUUUCUCCUACGUAGGACAGCUAGAGUUUUUCUACGAUGAAGCAACCGAUGGGACAAGAAGUAUUAGUAGUGCAAUGUUUCUUAGUGAAAUUGGGAUUGGAAGUUGGUUAAGUACUGCAAUAGUUAAGAUCAUUGAAAGAGCAACUGGCGGAGAAGAAAAAGGGUGGUUAAGGAAUAAUCUUAAUUUAAGCAAGCUUGAUUAUUUCUACUGGGUGUUAACCUCGAUUAAUGCAGUUAAUUUGGCAGUUUAUGUGUGGAUUGCUGUUCUUUAUAAGGGUAGGGGCGGUGCAGUUGGGAGUGUGAGAAGUGAAAGUGUGUUUGAAAUGGGUGACGGUGUUUUGCUGGAAAAGGAGGAUGAUAAAGGUGAAAGAUUCUAAAGUGUGGCCUUUUAGAACAAUUGCAUUUGCUUGAUUAGAUUCCUAAUUUCGAUGUCUACUGUUUGAUUUAAUCGUGUAUGUUUGAAGACAUUAAUUUGUUUCACUUUAAUGUAAUAUUUUAUUUAUAGUCUAUUUUCGAACUAAAAUUUUAGUGUUUGUUAAUUAUUAACGCAAUGCACUUUGUGACUGCGAUUGCGUUGAUAGUUAAAAUAUAAAAAAUAAUAUUUUUAUUA